AUGAGAUUUGCUGUUCUUAUCGGUGUAUUGACAACAGCGCUAGCUCUUCCUUACAAUCAAACCAUUUCGGCAUCAAGUCAUCAUCUUGGAGAUGCUGACUUUGAAGAGUUGCACAGGUAUGCCCACUUGUCCGCUGUUGCAUACUGUCUCAAGAAGGGUCUACACGGUGGUCCCUUGGGCGAACAAGAGGAGACUUGUCCUCACUAUUCGUGCGAGUAUCCAACCAUUGGCCACUUGGAUGUAGUCAAAGUGUUCAACUUUCAGGGCUGGUUGGUACUUGGCUCGGGAUUUGUUGCGUUGGAGCGGGAAAGAAAAAGGAUAUAUGUUGUGUAUCGUGGGACCUCGUCCACUCAGGACUGGAUCAAUAAUUUUGAAUUUUUGCACUCACGCUAUAAGCCCUUGAUUCAGGAGAAGAAGGGGUUCCACAAGAAGAAGUGCAAUGAGUGUGUUGGAUGUACUAUUCACAAAGGUUUUAACACCUUUAUUCGGUCGAAUGCUGAAGAAGUCGUCCGUGAAAUUGUCAAAUUAAAGAAAAAGUAUCCUGACUUCUCUUUGGUUGUGACAGGGCACUCGUUAGGAGGAGCCCUUGCAAUACUUUCUGGUAUCGAGUUUCGACUUUUGGGCUUUGAGACUUUGGUAGUGACGCUAGGAGGACCGAAGGUUGGCAACGAGGCAUUUGUGGAUUACGUCGAUGAGCUUUUUGACACAGAAAAUGUUGACAGGCAUAUUUCGGAGCACCAUUCUUUUGAAGAGCUUCCCACGGGACUUAUCAGAGCAACUCACAAGCAUGACAUUAUACCCAUGCUACCUCCUACCAGCCGUUAUAAGCAAUGCGGAUACCAAUACUAUCUAAGUGCUAAGGGAGCACGACAAACACCACAGACCAUGGAAAGACGUGGUACGGACUACGUUGAAGACGAUGAGGAUAUCAAUUAUCAGUCGACGCUACCAAGUAGAUUCAGCAGGACUGAUCACGUUAAUUACUUCUUCAAAAUCACUGGUUGUGCCGAUUAG